GACUCUAUUUAAUGCUUAGAGUCGAAUCUUUUAUUGAAGAGUCGAUUUUGAACUGUUUUCAGAAACACUUCACUCUCUGAAAUUUUGAAGUUGAAUUUUGAUAUUGUAUAGUCGACUCUACUUCUUCUUAGAGUGAACUCUUAUAGUUAAGGGUGAAAAUCAGGGUCAACUGACGAUGCAAUAGAUGAUUUGAUAAAAGAAAAAGGCAAAAAAAAAAAAAAAGUAGUCACAUUUUCAUGGCAACCAAAACAGAACACAAAAAUCUUAAUACAAACUCGGGAUCGAUUUCCUUUUUCCUUUAAAAAAUUGCAAAUAACUCCACAAACUAUGUUGGUUCUGGAUGGUGCCUGGACGAGCUCGUCAAGAUCCUUGCUUGCAGGGACAAGUUGGGGCAGAUGGUUAUACCCAUUUUCUUCCAUGUGGAUCCAUCAGAUGUCUGCAACCAGUGGGGGAGCUUUGGCGAAGAUUUUGCGAGUCACCAGAAGGUUACCGUAAACAAAGUAAAGAGGUGGAAGACUACCUUUACUAGUACUAUUUAAGUAUAAGCAACAUGGGUUUUGUCAAUGAAAAUCCAUAUCACCGACAUGCUCCCCAUGUUGCUGAUUAAUUUAUGGUGUGGUGUAGUUGUCGAUCAAUGAAUAAUUGCCUAACUCACCAAAAAAUUUCAACAACUUGAUUUUUGUUGCUGAAAAUGAAGAUUACUUUUUAAA